UUUCCUUUCCACAAUCAAAGCAAAGAUGGCGCCGUCCAAAACGAAACAUGGGAGUGCUUCUGCGGAGAUUCCUGGCGGCUUCACAGCUCUCCCAGUGCAGUUCUCCCAGUCCAGUCAGGCCCAUCACUGGCUGUAUCUGAAGGAGCACAGAGUCCGGGCGGAGAGCGGUGUCACGCGGCCCCUCGACCGGACCCUCUUCGUGCUCAACAUCCCCCCGUACUGUUCAGAGGUGUGGACUGGACCCUUGACUUAAUGCUGUCAAGCACUGUGUGCACAAUAAGAGAG